AUGUAUGAGGAUUCACAUAAAUGCUAUGAAUGCAUGGAGAAUUAUAAAGUAGCACAGCAGCACACUUUAUAUAAAACAGAGCGGUUGAAAUCGGUUUAUGAACAGGUGGUAGCUUCAUUAUUUUCGAAGCAUGUCAGAUUGAAACCUUUGCCUGUUGAUGAAUCAUCUAAAAUUGUUACGGACGAGGAACUGGCAUUUCAGUCAUGGGAUCUGUCCAGGUGUUUUAAUGAGUUGAGGGAAAUGAUCCCGAAUACUAAUCUAGACGAUUGGCGAAGACAUACUUCAUUUACACACCCUCUACGUUCCUUCAUUCAUGAGCGUGCAAAGAGUGCCUGUAGUGUGGAAUACAGUACCCAAGCUUUCUUCAAAUUUUACGAAAUGUUAAUGCGCUUCCCCCAUCUUUUCUUUCCUUGCUGUGAUACGAAGCAUAUUAUAAGAAGCUUUCAUUUAUGCGAAUCACCUGGUGCUUUUAUUUCGGCUCUCAACAUUUAUUUAAUAUUGCAGAAAAAUAAGCUCCCAUGGCAUUGGUACGCAAAUAGUUUAAAUCCUCAUUAUGAAUGGAAUUCACCAUUCGACAUGUUCCUGGAUGAUGAAUUAAUCACAAACACAUAUCCAAACUGGUUUUUUGGUCCCGAUAACAGUGGUGAUAUACUGAAAUGGACCAACGAAUACAUUGGCAGUAUUGCUAAAAAAGUUGGAAAAUUCUCUUUGAUAACUGCAGAUGGAAGUGUAUAUUGCCAGGACAUUCCGGCAGAGCAAGAACGCGUCAUUUUUCCUUUGUUGCAGAAGGAGAUUGAUGUAUCGUUAUCAUUACUAGAAAUUAAUGGUACAUUUGUUGUAAAAGUUUAUACAUCAUUUCUCAAUGAUACAGUAGCAUUGUUGAAUCGUCUCAUUAUGUGCUUCAAAGAGGUUCAUGUCAUAAAACCUUCUUGCAGCAAACCAGGCAAUUCUGAGCUUUACCUGUUAUGCGCGAGCUAUGUACCAUACGAGCAAUAUGAAGAAGGAACAGAACUAUCUACAUCUUGUCGAAAGGUUUUGUUGGAAUGCUUAAAAUUUUUUGUAGAACAACAGAUGCAAAUGAUUUGGUUCAACAUUGCAACUUUUGGUAAAAUCGAGAACGAUUUGAAAGAUUUCAUUGAACAAAAGAAGAUGCAAGCAGCAGAAAUCUAUGAGCAAAUGAUGAUUACAUCAAAAUUUGAAGAAUUUGCUGCCGAACUUCUUCCAGCUUCUUUUACUCUUCUCAAAAGACCCAAUCCAUGGAAGUUUUCGAAGCUUGGUGGUUUCAUCGAAGGACUACGAAAUAUUACCACUGAGGAGGCACAGGUUUUGAUUGAAAAUAUGAUAAUUCAAGAUUUUAUGAAAGGAGAUAAUGUUGCAGCAGAACACAAAUUUGACAUAUCUCCUUGUUGGAUUUGCGAUUGCUGUCAGUGGAUUGAUAAUUUCUGCAUUAAUAAGUACAGUUUGGAAGAGAUCCUAAAUAUGGGUGAUGCACCAUCAGAAGCUAGCAUAAGACAUACGCUAUUCCUAGAACCGAAGAUUUUAGCGUUAUUGAAAUGCUCCUCUCUGGAAAUCUUAGAUAUCUGUUCUGUUAUUUCCUCAUAUGCCGUUAAUGUAAGUCUCGAAAGAUUGGAAACGGCGCCGCAGUGCACGUCAACAGUUGAAAUUAAUUCAUCUAUACUCAGAUCUCAGUUUGAUUGGAUAUCAGUCCUUGAAGAAAUAUCUCUUUGUGCAUUGAAUCACCAGGAUUCAAAACUGGAAAUAAGAAUUCCUUCUUCCUCGUUAAUACUAACUCGUUUCACUGUCUCAUUUAUGGCAUUUUGCUCCCUGUGUUAUGAAAAUGUUGUAUUGUUGUGUCCUGAGGAGAAUUCCCAAAUGGCAUCUAAUCAGCUAAUAUGCUGUAAUUCACGGAAGAAUGUUCACAACUAUUCUGAAUUUCUUCGUUAUUUGUCAAUCAUCAAGAAGAUGUUGUUAGAUGUUAUUCGAGAUGGGUUGCAUAUUUAUCGAUUUGUUCCUGAACGUCAGUUCAGAUGUGAACAGUUUUACGCAUCGAUAUUACGUUACAAUUCGUUCAUAGCGCGAAGAAUGCUUACAAAGUGCAAGUUAUAA